AUGAACGGACAAGAAGCGGCAGUGAGAGGCAGGGGAGGAGGAGGGAGAGAGGUGAGCAGGCGGGAGAUGAUGGAUGAGGCGGUGAGGCGGUAUGCUGCAGGCGCUGGUGUGAGUGAGACGUAUGUCCGCCCCCUCAUCCAGGUGCUUGCUCAGGCCGCCUUUGACAGCAGCACCACCGUUGACAGCCACACCCAAGCCAUUCGCGAUGUGGUGGCGAAUCUGUCCAUCCAUGUGGAUAUCCUGCCAGCUCAUGCUGACCGUCGCGUCGUCGCGCUCCUAGCGUUAUUCCUUCUCGCCGCGUCCCUCGCGCCGGUUUUUGCGGCGGAUUCCGAUGGCUCUGCCACGGCCGCACCUCCGCGGUUCGCGCGCGCGCGGCUGAGGCGGACGGGGGAGCUCACACUAGAGCGCAUCGCGGCGCAGCGCGAGUGGCUAUCGUCCGCGGCGUUCAAGCAACGCCUACUCUCCGCCAGCGGUCUGCGCGCGGACGGCGCAAGCGGCGGCGAGCGCGGGCCGGACGUGGUGCCGCUGAAUAACUUCAUGGACGCGCAGUACUACAUGGAGAUCGGGAUUGGAUCGCCGCCGCAGACGUUCAAAGUCGUGCCGGACACCGGCAGCAGCAACCUCUGGGUGCCCUCGCGCCGCUGCUACCUCUCCCUGGCAUGUCUGAACCACGCCAAGUACGAUUCGCGCAAGUCGCGCUCGUACGAGGCGGACGGCACGCCGUUCGCAAUCCAGUACGGCAGCGGCGCGAUGAAAGGCUUCCAGUCCAAAGACGAUGUGACCGUCGGCGAUGUGACUAUAACGGGGCAGACCUUCGCGGAGGCCACCAGCGAGCCGGGCCUCGCGUUCUUCGCGGCGAAAUUUGAUGGAAUCAUGGGGCUGGGCUUUAAGGAGAUCUCCGUGAACGGCAUCGUGCCCCCGUGGUACAACAUGUUGUCGCAGGGGCUGGUUCCCGAGCCGGUUUUUUCGUUCUGGUUUAAUCGGGAUCCCGAGGGGGCGGCGGGCGGAGAGGUGGUGUUUGGGGGAGUGGAUAAGGCGCAUUACAAGGGCGCGCACUCGUGGGCGCCUGUUAGCAGGCGCGGGUACUGGCAGGUGCGCGUGAAGGGGGGGAGGGGGAAGGGGAUGGGAAGGGGGAUGGGAAGGGGAUGGGAAGGGGGAGGGGAAGGGGAAGGGGAGGGGAAGGGGGAGGGGAAGGGGAUGGGAAGGGGGAGGAGAAAGGGAUGGGAAGGGGGAGGGGAAGGGGAUGGGAAGCGGGAGGAGAAAGGGAUGGGAAGGGGGAGUGGGUGGGGGGGAGGGAGGGAUGGCGAAGGGGGGUGCACAGAGGCAUGUCGUGGCAUGCCAUAUGUGCUCAUCAACGGCUCCACCACCAGCAUCUGCAAGCGCGGCUGUGCUGCCAUUGCUGACACAGGCACCUCCCUCAUCGCAGGCCCUUCGGCGGUGAUAGCGGAGAUCAACGCGGCCAUCGGAGCCAAGGGCGUGCUGAGCGAGGCGUGCAAGCAGCUGGUGCACGACUAUGCUGUCAUCAUCAUUGACCUGCUGGAGCAGAAGAUGGACCCCUCCCUUGUGUGCCAUGCCAUCGGCCUGUGUGACGACAUGGCGGCAACCACCGCUCACACCACGCCCACGCCCAGCAUGAGUCGCCGCCUGCUCGGGUGGGAGGAGGACCCAAUUAUCCAGAUGCCCGGGGACCACGCUGACGGUGAGGCCAGUGGCAGCAGCAGCAACGGCGGGCGAGUGGGCGAUCCCAAGUGUUCGCUGUGUGAGGCGACGGUGAUAUGGGUGCAGAACCAGCUGGCGAGGAACAAGACGCGGGCGGAGAUCAUCAGCCACCUCAACAAGAUGUGUGAGCACAUUCCAAGCCCAGGCGGGCAGGCGCAGGUGGACUGUAACAAGGUGCACAAGAUGCCGGCUGUGGCCUUCACCAUUGGGGACAAGCAGUUUGAGCUACAGCCGGAGCAGUACGUGCUACAGGCGGGGCAGGGCGGCCAGCAGCUCUGCAUCAGCGGCUUCCUACCCCUCGAUGUGCCGGAACCCCUGGGUCCCAUCUGCUCUGCAGCAGUACGUGCUACAAGCGGGGCAGGGCGGCCAGCAGCUCUGCAUCAGCGGCUUCCUGCCCCUCAGAUGUGCCGGAACCCCUGGGUCCUAUUUGCAGCAGCAGCAGCAGCAGCAGCAGCAGCAGCAGCAGCAGCAGCAGCAGCAGCAGCAGCAGCAGCAGCAGCAGCAGCAGCAGCAGCAGCAGCAGCAGCAGCAGCAGCAGCAGCAGCAGCAGCAGCAGCAGCAGCAGCAGCAGCAGCAGCAGCAGCAGCAGCAGCAGCAGCAGCAGCAGCAGCAGCAGCAGCAGCAGCAGCAGCAGCAGCAGCAGCAGCAGCAGCAGCAGCAGCAGCAGCAGCAGCAGCAGCAGCAGCAGCAGCAGCAGCAGCAGCAGCAGCAGCAGCAGCAGCACCAGCACCAGCACCAGCACCAGCACCAGCACCAGCACCAGCACCAGCACCAGCACCAGCAGCAGCAGCAGCAGCAGCAGCAGCAGCAGCAGCAGCAGCAGCAGCAGCAGCAGCAGCAGCAGCAGCAGCAGCAGCAGCAGCAGCAGCACCAGCACCAGCACCAGCACCAGCAGCAGCACCAGCACCAGCAGCAGCAGCAGCACCAGCACCAGCACCAGCACAGCAGCACCAGCACCAGCACCAGCACCAGCAGCAGCAGCAGCAGCAGCAGCAGCAGCAGCAGCAGCAGCAGCAGCAGCAGCAGCAGCAGCAGCAGCAGCAGCAGCAGCAGCAGCAGCAGCAGCAGCAGCAGCAGCAGCAGCAGCAGCAGCAGCAGCAGCAGCAGCAGCAGCAGCAGCAGCAGCAGCAGCAGCAGCAGCAGCAGCAGCCAGCAGCAGCAGCACAGCAGCACAGCAGCACAGCAGCACAGCAGCACCAGCACAGCAGCACAGCAGCAGCAGCAGCACAGCAGCAGCAGCAGCAGCAGCAGCACCACCAGCAGCCACCAGCACCACCAGCACCACCAGCACCACCAGCACCACCAGCACCACCAGCACCACCAGCACCACCAGCACCACCAGCACCACCAGCACCACCAGCACCACCAGCACCACCAGCACCACCAGCACCACCAGCACCACCAGCACCACCAGCACCACCAGCACCACCAGCACCACCAGCACCACCAGCACCACCAGCACCACCAGCACCACCAGCACCACCAGCACCACCAGCACCACCAGCACCACCAGCACCACCAGCACCACCAGCACCACCAGCACCACCAGCACCACCACCACCACCACCACCACCACCACCACCACCACCACCAUGCGGCUUCCUGCCCCUCUAUGUGCCCGAACCCCUCGAACCCAUCUGGAUUCUGGGAGACACGUUCCUGGGGGCGUACCACUCAGUGUACGACUUUGGCAAUGAGCGCGUGGGAUUUGCUGAGUCGGCGUGA